GGUCCAAACUGGGUUCCCGAACUGGGGCUGGACGGCGAUGGAGAAGAGCCCCACCUAGGUAACCGUUCUGCCCCGCCGAUCGCCCUGUGUUGCAGAUCAGAGAUGCUCAGUCCUCCGAGCCACACUACUCUGUUGCCUACAGGAGUCGGUGACCCUCAGUCCCGUCUCCUCACUAUCAUGGGCUCCGCAUAAGCUUCUUUCUACCGAGCCUCAGUUUUCCUCGUCUGCCAAACAGGAAAAAGUUGGAUUUGCAAAGCGCUAAGGUUCCAGAACUAUAAUGGAAUGCAUGGUAGGGAAAGGAGGGAAAGCCACAUUUGACCUCCCCAAGCUGGGCCCCGCCUACCACUGGUCAAGGGGGAGGAAGCUCCUGGCCCAGACCCGCCGCAGGAGGCGUGUCUUAGGAAACUGGAUCCUGCUGCCCUUGGCCCGAGCUGAGGCUCGCAGCUCAGCCUGGAGACGUGGGAUCCACCAAGGAUGGGGUUUGCAUCCUGGGUUUCUCAGGGAACCACCGUGAAGGAGAAAGUCGUGCAGAGACACUGCGAGUGACCUGGAGCGCGUCCGGGAAAAUGGAGGAGAGGAUGGGAGGCAGCUAACCCGACUCCCUCUGCACGCCGGGACGUCGGAGGCGCACGUCGAGGGUCCCCCAGAGAGCUCCGUUUAGAGCGGCGGAAAGGCAAUGAGGAGCGUUCGGUUCGCCCAGCCCAGGACUGGCAUCGGGGCUGGAGGCGACCUGCGACGCUGAAGGGUGCGAGUGGGGCACCGCCUCCGAAGGGCAGCGCUAUGGCCAGGGAGGAGUGCAAGGCGCUGCUGGACGCGCUCAAUAAGACCACGGCAUGCUACCAUCACUUGGUGCUGACUGUGGGAGGCUCCGCGGACACGCAGGACCUACGCGAGGAGCUGCAGAAGACCCGCCAGAAGGCGCGCGAGCUGGCCGUAGCCACCGGCGCCCGGUUGACCAUCGCAUUGCGCGACCGAGGCUUGGCGACCGAGGAGCGCGCGGAGUUCGAGCGGCUCUGGGUGGCCUUUUCGGGCUGCCUGGACUUGCUCGAGGCUGACAUGCAGCGCUCACUGGCGCUGGGAGCUGCCUUCCCGCUGCACGCGCCGCGCCGGCCACUCGUGCGCACAGGGGUGGCCGGCGGCUCCUCUGCUGUGGCUGCGCGCGCCCUGAGCACUCGCAGUUUGCGACACGAGGCCGAAGGCGACUUCGACGUCGCUGAUCUGCCUGAGUUGGAACGCGAAGUCCUCCAAGUGGGCGAGAUGAUCGACGACAUGGAAAUGAAAGUCAACGUACCCCGCUGGACUGUGCAGGCGCGGCAGGCAGCGGGCGCCGAACUCCUGUCCGGUGCCAGCGCUGGUGCGUCCUCGGUCGGUGGCGUUUCGGUAGACGAGCGCGCGGGACCCUGCGACCCCAGCAAGGCCCUAGCCGCCACUGUUUUCAGUGCCGUGCUGCUGGUGGCUGUGGCACUCGCCUUAUGUGUGGCAAAGCUGAGCUGACUGAUACCCAACGACCACCUACUGCCCCUUCUCCUUCCAGGGUAUGGGUGUGGGGGCUGGCCUGUUAAGGAGAGGUAGUGAACCCGGGUGUGUGCGUAUGAACACGAUCCUUUCAAGGCACACUUCUGCCUGGGCAAGACAUGUUUUGUUUUUUAACUUGCUGGCUCAAGAGGAGUUAACCGCGCGGGGCGGUCAGGGCAUUACCUCUAAUGUCUGCAGGAGCUUUAUCUCCUAUUAAUAGAAAUCGGUCCAGAGUGACCCCAGAUCCCUUUGAGUUUGAUGGGUUAACACGUGUGCUCCAGGUUUGGCACCCUCACCCUGGUCGGUAGCUCCCACUUUGUAUGAGGGCAGUUUGGGGAAGGUGUAGAGUCGCAUCAAGCAUAGUGAGGGGGCCGUCUUGUUCCCCAGUCAAGAAAGGAAUUGCAGUAAGAUGUGAGUGGGUGUAUUACCUUAACCCUUUGGGGCCUAAGCUUUGGGAGAGUGUGCUGAUGGAGGUUCAUGCAAAGUGCUUUCUCCAGGGACACUACUGCACUUCUUGGCAGACAUUGUCCCUUAGUCACCAGGAGCGGCAGCUCCCAGAGGUUUGGUGUUGUGACCCCAUUUAGGAAACUCAAGGAGGUUGUUUCAACUCGAUGUGGUAGACAGAGCUGGACCCACUGCACACUUGCCUCAAGAAAAGACCUUCCUACCCAUCCCUGCAUGGGGGGGGGGGCGUGAACAGUAAAUGCCGCUUCGGGAGGGGCCGCACUGCUAUGUAAACAGGCACGUUCUCCUCGCCAGAGGCUUAUUUUAUCCCAGAAUUAGACCACAGUGUUUGACCCUCCUUUGAGGGAGGGCUGGGGGAAUCCUCUUUGAAACCCUUAAUCCUAUCUAUCCCGGGACUUUACUUGCCAGCCAAUAGGAGCGCGAGCUUUCUUGAGAGCUGCCCAACUGUCUGACCCCACGCUGCAGGAAAGGGCAAUACUGGCAUCACUGGCACACAGAGGCUGGGAGCCCAGCAGCUGAGACUGAGUUCAAAAUGAAAGUUUUGAGUUGGAAUUUAAGAGCUUUAAACACACACAUCUGAAAGAAUGACAUUAACAUAUUAGUACCAAAGCUGGGUUUUGUUUGUUUAUGGUAUAAAUGAAACUGGGCCACAAGCUCAUAUAUGCCAAAUGAGUCAAUCUUAGAGAUCUUUUACAUGUACCUGCGGCUACUAAAUAUGAUCUGCAUCUAUUUUUUAAAAUCUGUAUUCUUGGGACCAGAGAGAUGGCUUAACAGAAGUUUAUAUUGUAGCUGAGCAUAGUGGUGCAUGCCUUUAAUCCUAGUUCAAGGCCAGCCUAGUCUACAGAGCAAUUUCCAUGACAGCCAGGACCACAUAAAGAGACCUUGUCUCAAAAAACACGUUAAAAAAAAAAAAAAAGCAUGUAUUUAUUCCUCUUGCAGAGCAUGCAAGUUCUGUUCCCAGCACCCACCCCAGCAGCUCACAACUGCCUGUAACUCCAGCUCCAGGAGAGGUCUGACACCCUCUUCUGGCCUCCUUAGGCACUUGCCCUCACAUAUACAUAAUAACACACACACACAACUAAAACUAAAUCUUUUAAAAGGAAUCUAUAUUUUUGUAUAGAGAUUGACUUUUGAGAUCAUGGCUCAAACUACCAGAAUCAUCUACAUAAAAGGCAGAAGCAGCCUCACUUUCCACCUAUAAAGAAGGAGACCUGAGACACACUCUUGGCCCCAAGCACAUGUUACCUUUCUGGCCAGGCUCUGUCACAUUCCUGGAGAAGUGGGACAGAGAAAGCAGAUGCAUUUAACUUUCAAAGAUAAUUUGGAAUGAGAUCAAAGAUUUGCUUGGCUGGAACCAGGAUUUUUUUACCCUGUGACAGUGAGAAAGAGCUAGAGAGAUGGCUCCGGGGUUAAGAGCACUGGCUGCUCCUCCAGAGAACCUAGGUUUGAUCCUCAGCACUGCUGCAUGCUGGUGGUGCACAGACAUACGUGCAGGCAAAACCCCCAUAAACACCAGAUGAUGAUGAUGAUGAUGAUGAUGAUGAUGAUUUUUAAGUGAGAAAGAGGACCAGGUGUAGGGAAAUAGUUCUUCACAAGGUCAAUUUAGAAGGUUAAUGGACACAAGUGAAUAGGGGCAAUUGUGGUCUGGGCACCUGGGUCUAGGUGCUGAGCCCCCUAUCCCAGGCCAUGUGAACUGUUUGUGAAAUAUGGAAUCUGUUUGCAAGUGAUUUGACUGUGCUUUUAAAAGACCCACAGGGGUUUUUUGUUUCUUUGUUUGUUUGUUGAGACAGGGUUUCUCUGUGUAGUUUUAGUGCCUGUACUGGAUCUCGCUCUGUAGACCAGGCUGGCUUUGAACUCACAGAGAUCUGCCUGGCUCUGCCUCCUGAGUGCUGGGAUUAAAAGCAUGGACCACCGUCACCCGGCCCCACAGGUCUUAAAGCCAAUUGAAUGUUUUACAGUGAUUACUAGUAAGAGUUCCUGCUCCCUCCGGGCUAGGUAACUCUGAUUAGGUACCACAUCACUGCUUGUCCAGGAUGCCUUUAGAGACAAUGUAGAAAGUUUUCAACUCUGCCUGCCACACACAAUACAACUGAGUCUCUGUCACCUUCUCCAGAGACUCAUCUGUCUGGCAAGAGAAGUCUGGAAGCAUUUGGUGACAUGGCGUUAGGAAAUCUCUAUAAGAAACAGUUGGUGAAGGCACCCUGCCAUUUCCAAGACUGUAACUCUCAACUCUUAUCAGGGAGUUUUGGUUUAUAUUUUUUAAAAAUUAGAGGCCGGAGAGAUAGCUCAGCAGUUAAGAGCACUUGCUACUUUUAUAAAGGACUGCUGUUCAGGUCACAGCCAUUUGUCACUCCUGCUCCUGGGAAUCUGACGUCCUCUUCUGGCCUCCAUGGGCACUGCACAUACAUGGGGGGUGCAUAUGCAUGCACACACACAAAUAUUAGUAAAUUUCUCAAAAUUGUUCUGUAGAGUGUAUUGAAAACGUAAGUCCUAUGGCACUGAAUAAUCCAUUAAGCCCGUGGUUCUGAGCCUUCCUAACACUGCAACACUUUAAUACAGUUCCUUGACUUGUGGUGACCCCCAACCUUAAAAUUAUUUCAUUGCUACUUUGUAACUGUAAUUUUGCUACUGUUAUGAAUUGUAAUGUAAGAAUCUGAUGUGGAGGCUAUCUGAUUGUGACCCCCUGUGGGGUCGCAACCCACAGGUUGAGAAUCGUUGCUUUAAAAGCUGAGUGGACAGAUUUCCUAUUGUCACUCUUUCCAUCCACUUGGUCAUUGUUUGCAUGUUUAAUUAGCUGAGUCAUCAGAUGCCCACCUGUUUGUGAGGGCUCUCAGAUCACUGCAACUUGUGAUAAAAUGUUGCAAAAAGAAAAGGCUGAAUUAAGGUAAACAUUCUUCUAAUACCUCUGUGAACUCAAGAAACUCACCGAGUUUGAAAAUGUUAAAUAUGAGGUGAAUUCUUUGGUAUUCUGAUGCUGUCUAGGGGAACUGCUACAGGACAUAGGCAAAGUCACCAACUGGCUAUUUUCUAACUAAUAUGUCUACUUUUGUUUCUGUGCAUAACUGACAAGCUUUGCUGAUUCUUACUUUGCUGUUGAAGUCAUUUAUUUUCUAUAGACAUUUGGUAUGCUCUUAUACUUGAUAUAAUUGAUAGGAAAAAAUUUAAAAUGCAUCGGCUAAGCUGGGUUUUGUGUAGGCCUGCUAUUUAAGAAUGAAGCAGGAAGAUCACUAGUUCAAGAUUAGCAUGGGCUUCGGUGUGAGUUCAAGGCUAACCUGGGCAACUUAGACUCAAAAUAAAAAGUGAAGAAGACUGGGCUUGUGGCCUAAUGGCAGAGCCCUUGCUUAGCCUUCAGAUUCAAUCCUUGUGGCCCUCAAAAAUAUAUUAAUUGAUAUUAAAAGACAAAAGCUUGGGAUGUCAAGGGACUAUCAGCCUAUCAAGGGAAUGGGUUCCAAACCACCAGUAAGCUACUAAUGAUUACAAUAAUCAUAUUGAAGGAAGUAAAUACCUAGAUAACUUUUUUUCUAAGACAGGAUCUCAUUAUGUAGUCCUAGCGGUCCUGGAACUCAUAUGAAGACCAGGCUGCCCUUGAACUCAGAGAGAUCCUCCUGCUUCUGCCUCCUGAGUACAGGGAUUAAAGGC